AUGGCUUCGAUUCUCCGCCAGAUAGUCGCCGGUCCUCGCGCCCAACACCCAGAAGCAGGACUUGAUCUCUGCUACGUAACCGAUAACAUCAUCGCAACCUCUGGCCCCAGCGGCACAUACCCCCAACUCGCCUACCGCAACCCGCUCUCCCAACUCGUCGCCUUCCUCGAUAAGAAACAUGGAGACAACUGGGCUAUCUGGGAGUUUCGCGCCGAGGGAACGGGAUAUCCUGACUCUGAGGUCUAUGGCCGUGUCAAGCAUUAUCCUUGGCCUGAUCACCAUCCCCCGCCCUUUGCUUUGAUUCCUUUGAUCAUGGCUAGUAUGCGCAAUUGGCUGGAAGAAAAUAAAGAGAGGGUCGCUGUGGUGCACUGUAAAGCUGGCAAGGGACGCAGUGGCUCCAUGAGUUGCAGCUACUUGAUCUCGGAAGAAGGCUGGAAGGCUGAAGAUGCGCUGCGCAGAUUCACGGAGCGCAGAAUGAGGCCGGGCUUUGGUGCUGGUGUUAGCAUUCCUAGCCAGCUGCGCUGGAUCAGCUAUGUCGAUCGCUGGACACAACAUAAGAAGGUCUAUGUCGAGCGCGAGAUCCAGAUCAUGGAAGUCCAUGUCUGGGGCUUGAGAGAUGGCGUCAAAGUCAGCAUUGAGGGUUUCGUCGAUGAAGGGCGUGUCAUCAAGAACUUCCACACUUUUUCGAAGAAGGAACGCGAGAUCGUCCGUGGUGGCAUCAAAAAGUCUGGUGGUUUUGCCGAUGCUGUUACAGCAGUCAUGGGCAUGAACAAUGCUGAAAAGAAUUUACAAUUGAAAGAAGCUGAGAACAUGGAAAAGGAGGAAAAGGACAAGGCUGCAAAGGGCGAAGUUACCAAGGAGAAGCUACACAACGCUACAGGAGAUGUCAUCUUCCGACCAUCACAACCCGUCAUCCUUCCUACCAGCGACGUCAACAUCGACUUCGAGCGAAGAAACAAAGCUGGCUAUGGUAUGAGCAUGGUGACAGCCGUCGCUCACGUCUGGUUCAACUGCUUCUUCGAAGGGCAAGGUCCUGAGAACGCUACCAAAGACCAACCCCCCGCCUCCUCUGGUGUCUUUGAAAUCGACUGGGAAGCCAUGGACGGCAUAAAGGGCAGCCUGAAAAAGGGCACAAAAGGUUUCGACAAACUCGCCGUAGUCUGGAAAGCCGUCGAUGAACCCGCACGAGGCAGAAGAGCUAGUGUAGUCAUCACCGAACCACCACCCGGCACCGAAGUCCCCGAGACAGGACCUGCAGAUUGGAGGGGCCAUGACUUUAACGAUCCUUCUCCCGGCCGAAACCGAAACCUAGGCUUGAGAAGUGAGACACCAGCGAGCAGGGAUGUCAGUCGAGCAAGCAGUACAAGAGAAGAAGAUGGCAUUGGAAGCGAUACUGAAGGUGUUCAGAGCUAUGUUGAUGGUGGAGUCAAGGGGCAUGAUCAGGUUGUGCAUGAGAAAAAGGCUCAAGUGGAAAGGAAAAGGGGUCCGUUGCCGUUGAGUCGAGAUCUUCCUGGCCCUGAGCAUGAAUUUGCUGAUGCGUAG